GCGGGCGCGGCGGGCGCGGGCGGCCUGGCCCGGACCGGUUAAAGGGACGAGUUGCAAACAGUUCAGGAAGUGACAAGUCGAUUUCCUCCUCCCUGGGAGCCGCUCGGUACAAAGCGCUCGGCGCCGGCAGGAGAGCGUGCGCGCGGCGGACGCGCGGCGGGCAGCCCGGACGACUUGGCGAGCGCCGCUGGCGACGGCGCGGGGUUCGCGCCCGGAGCGCCCCCCCGCGCACAGAAGUUGAGUGCACUUGGCCAUUUCCUGGAGGAGCCCUUCCCCAAGCGUGAGCAGCUGAUUGGGAACUGUUCCUGCUGAUGCCAGUCACCUGGGAGGUGCCCAGGAGGUCACCUCUGCCCAAGUCUGCCCAGCUGAAGAUGGCUCGUGCCCACCCUGGGAUGGAGCCCAGCGCCUGAGGUCCUUACCAUGGUGAUGAUCCUAAGUAAAAGCCUCGACAAACAGGGAGCUGACUCCAGAGCAUGCAGGACCUUCAACCCUGAGCUGCACACGCCAAAGAAGAUGAGUCAAGGACCGACACUUUUCUCUUGUGGAAUUAUGGAAAAUGACAGAUGGAGAGACCUGGACAGGAAAUGCCCUCUUCAGAUUGAGCAGCCGAGCGCCGGCAUCUGGGAGUGCCUGCCGGAGAAGUGUCAGGACAGCGCCCUGUGGCACCGGGAGGCUGCUACCGCCUGCGCCGUGACCAACCUGAUCAAAGACCUCAGCCUCAGCGACCACAACGGGAACCCCUCAGCGCCCCCCAGCAAGCGCCAGUGCCGGUCACUGUCCUUCUCCGAUGAAAUGUCCAGCUGCCGGACAUCGUGGAGGCCCUUGGGCUCCAAAGUCUGGACUCCUGUAGAAAAGCGACGCUGUUACAGCGGAGGCAGUGUUCAGCGCUAUUCCAACGGCUUCAGUACCAUGCAGAGGAGCUCCAGUUUCAGCCUCCCUUCCCGGGCCAAUGCGCUCUCCUCACCCUACGACCAGGCGGGAUUCCACCACCGAUUCGGAGGUCAGCCCUGCCAGGGGGCGCCAGGCUCGGCCACCUGUGGACAGGCGGGUGACAUCUGGAGCCCCGACCCGAACCCUGUGGGCGGGGGCCGGCUCGACAUGCAGCGGUCCCUGUCCUGCUCCCACGAGCAGUUUUCCUUUGCGGAGUACUGUCCACCCUCAGCCAACAGCACACCUGCCUCAACGCCAGAGCUGGCUAGACGCUCCAGCGGGCUGUCCCGAAGCCGCUCCCAGCCGUGUGUCCUUAACGACAAGAAGGUCGGCGUUAAGCGGCGGCGCCCAGAAGAGGUGCAGGAGCAGAGACCUUCGCUAGACCUUGCUAAGAUGGCACAGAACUGUCAGACCUUCAGCAGCCUCAGCUGCCUGAGCGCGGGGAUGGAGGACUGCAGCCCGCACAGCCCCUUCGCCCUCCAUGUCAGCAGCACCAGGUCCUGGACCGCCUUGCUCUCGGCCUCGGCCUCCAGCCUGGGGGGCAGGACCCCCGCCGGGACCCCGGUCCCCGAGCCUCUGCCCCCGGCUUUCGACGACCAGCUGGCCUGCAAGGAGGAGCAGUGCUGUGAGGAGUCAGGCGGCUGCGCCCUGGCCGAGGGCUGUGCCAGGAGUUGGGGGCCGGCCUCAGCCUGGCGGGACCGCGGGGCAGCCGGCAACAGCCCCUGCUCCCUGGACGGCGAGUUGGACAUCGAACAGAUAGAGAACAACUGAGGGGCGGCGGGGAGCCCCCGUCCCGGGCCUGACUUGCGCUCCCCGGGGGCUGCGGGUGCCGGGGAGCGAGCGCAGUGGCCCCCGGAGAGCCUGGCCCGCCUGCCUGCCCACCCCUCCCCAGCACGGCGGCCACGGCCAUCGCACCCCCGGAGCCCGACAGCAGCUGGGCUGGUCUGGGCCCCUUCCCCCUGUUCCUGGCCGGCCGCCCCCUCCGCUGGGUGCCUCACUGGGGUCGCACAGGGCCUGCUGCCCGGCACGUGACUGCCGGCGGGGCUGCUGGGGGCGGGCUUGUGCUCAGGUCCACCCGGCCUCCUGCUCAGGUUCAUUUCGGGGGGUCGGCCCCACAGCUUCUUUCACUCCGUUGUUUUCCGUGCCUUCUCUCCCAGGUCUCCCUGCUUCAGGCUUGGGAAGGUUCGGGAGAUGCUUUCCUCUGUAGUAACAUCAGAACCAUUUGGCCUUAAUUCCAAGUGCAGGAGACAGAGGCCCUGGGGUGCCAGGGGGGCUCUCCAUGUCGGAACUCUGGGGGCCUGGGGAACAGCUUGGGCUGCUCGUUAGAGGCGUCUGCGUUGGGUAGAUGUGGGUGGAUCUGUUGGCCAAAAAGACAGAACUACUUGCCGCUCGGGAAGGGUUGGCACAUGGUGGCCAUUCUCUGUGGCGAACCUGUCACUGAGUGAUUAGCUUGAUUCCGGUGAGUGGGGAGAGGUCACCAGUAACAGGCAACCUCUUGAAAAUGCCCUCAGGAGGCAGGAGCUGCGAGCAGGUGCAUGCACCCAGGCCCUGUGCACAUUUCAGGGGUGGAGGAGGUCUGUUGGCUGCUCUGGGGGGCCUGCAAGGCCCCUGCAGUAUUCUAAGCACAUUCGCGCUAGUCGGUGGGACUGUGGGCUUUAAUCUGGGUGCGCCGUCCACCUCCAGACGAGCACCCCUGCUGGUCAGCCGGGGGAGCAGAGUGCCUACCGCUGCGUCCCCAGCUCCUUGCACCCCUGCGGACUCCCCGGCCCCCCCCUCCCCGCCCACCCCCCGACCCCCUGAGGUUUUGCUCUCAGGAAGCCCGACUGGCAGACACCCCACACGGGCUCUGCUCUCUUGGAGUCUGGCUUGUAGGAAACUUGGCAUCUUCGGCAGACAGUAGCAAUUGGGUCCUUUCCCCAUGUGGCUAAAAAUAACUGGUGUAUUCUCUUGAGUUUGCUGACACGUAACAAAGGCACGUUCAUAGUCUCUUUGCUUUUGCUCAUUUUUUGUGGACGGCGAAUGCCUCACUUUCACAGCGUGAGUACGAACGGUUCUCACCCUCUUUCCCCAAAGGAAGGACCCUGUUUGGGAAACUCUACUUACACCUUGACUGUUUUACUCGAUCAAAAGCGUGGUGCUCAAGUUCUGAUUUAUAUGGUGGUGUUUCUUAAAAAUCAACCAUCAGAUGCUUGUAGAGAAAAUCUCAACUCCAUGGCCCUCCCAGAUUGUUCAGAGCCUCAGGUCAGAGAGCAUCGUGGUUGUGUGGGCACAUGGCAGGUCCUGGGGCCUGAACCAGUUACCCUUCCGUGGCUCCCACGAAAGGCAUGUCCCCUCAGGGCCCUGGAGAGACAAAGCAGGGAGCUGGUGGCUCUGGGUAGACCUGCCAUCUUGUCUGAUCCCCACACCAUGGGUCAGGGAGGACAUGUUUUCUUAGAACAGACCCGGAAGAGGGUGGGGUCGUUGUUGAGUGACGUCUGGCAGCAUUAUGAAUUUGGAGCACACGCUGGUGCCUUGUGUCUUCAGAAAGCCUGGGGUGGGCAGUCCCGGCACCCAGCCCACACCAAGAGUGGCCACAGUGGCCUCUAAAGCAGUCCUUCCUGUGGAAGGAGAGGCGGGGCCCCGUCUCCUGGUCCAGGCCACAGGGAGGGACCGAGAGCCGAACCAGAGGGGCCUAAGCGGUGACCCCCAGCAGCCUUUCCUCAGAGUCACCGGGGGCGGCACACGGUAGUGGGGGUGUGUCACAGGGCUAUGGGGCAGGUGACCUGCCUUCAGACCCUGCCCAGCAACCUACCCCCUUCUCAGGCCUGGUGGCAGGGAAGGCCAAGCCUUCCCGCCGCCUCCCAAGCUGGUCCCAUUGACCCACAAACCCAGUCCCAGGGCACUUUCGGGCAGAAGGUACCCCAGCCCAGGGCAGAGUUUGGCCCUCCAGCGUCCUCAGGCCCCUCUUUGCUGUCCUCACUCCCACCGAAGCUCCUAGCCCAAGCCCCCAGCAGCAGCUGUGGGGGGAGAGGAUGGCCAUUGUCCCUUCUGCUCAGAGAGAGAAACGCCCUUCAGUCGUUUCAUGUUCACCUUUGAGUGGAGAGCGCCGACCCCAUGUGGCAGGUGCCACCCCACCGCCCAGGGAGGCAUGUCCAUGCUCCGCCCUGCUGACACCAGGACGUCUGGUCUGGAGGCUCUUGGAGGGAGGCUCACCUAGGGGCUCCCUCUGACUGCGCAUGGCUGUCCCCGUGCGGCCGUGGGCGGGCUGGCAGGCUCACCGUGCAGGAGCCCCACCGUCGUCCAGGCCCUGCCUCUCCUAGGGGGCGCCCGGGAGCUCCUCCCUCUGAAGGGAGACCCAGGACAUUCCGAGCCAGGAGGGAGGGCUGCACCAAGCCGCCUGCCUGCCCGCGACCCUGAAGGACCAACGCAGGGUCGUGGCUCCAGGAGAGCGGGGUGGGGAGGAGAGUCCCUGUCGCUUGCAUCCCUACCUACUCCAGAAGGAGCAUUUUCUAUGGCCGCAGGACUGACAGGAGCCGCUGUCUGCCCGCAGGGGCCGGGUGGGGCCGGGUCAGGGCCGUAGCCUCACCGUUUACCACAAACCCUCUUGCCUUAUUCGCGGUGGAGGCCGGGCCGGAGUAGGGCCCGCGGGCAGACAACAUCCAGGCCACGGGGGCGCUUGUGCCGAUCAUCCAUGGAUUUUCAUUCUCGGAAAGCCUUACUCGUCAUCAAAAUGUUUGUAGCAGGAAAGUUUUGUGAAUUUGUACGCGCAAAGAAAAUUUAAAUAAAGGAAAGGUCCACACUGAAAAGGAAACAAACCCAAAUGUUCAAAUGGGUCUCCUAGCGCAGGGGUGGUGUGCGAUCUCCCUGCUCUGGCUGAGGCGGCCCCCCCGGCGGGGGGGGGGGGGGGGGGGCGUUCGGGGCACCGCCGCUCUGAGCGAGCUUCCGUGGUAUUUCAAACCCAGCCCUGGACGCUCUGCGGAGGGCCCGGCCUGAGCCUCCGUGUCGGCCCGUGAGGUUAGAGUCACGUGCCCUCUGUGGCCUUGGGGCCGUUCCCUGAACGAUGACCGCUUUGGGCCUGGGCCCUGGGCGUGAGCAGUGCCCCAGGGCCCAGGGCCCAGGGCUCAGCUGGCCACACCGUGGCUGGCGUGGCCCAGCCACUCUGCCCCCCACCCCCACCCCACCCCCGUACAGGUAGUGACGCCGCAUCUUGCCACAUCCGCACAGUUGGUCAGACCCUUCCCAUUGGCUCCAGUCAGAGAAAACGUUGCCUCAUCCUUAAAGAGAAAAGAAGAGAUCAUGAAAACCCCCCACCCCAGACCACAGCAGAGAUAGGUAGCCUAGGUAGGAUAGUCUGAUCUUCUAGCAUAGUCUCUUUGGCAAAUAAGUUGUGUUUUCAGUGCGUGGAGGAGAUGUCCCGGGCUCGGGGACAGCACGUGGGCUGACAUGGGGGCUGUCGCGGGCUGUCCCGACCCGCACGCCGUCGGUGCCGUGGAGCUGCAGGAAGUGAGGCGGCCCGAGCGAGUCGCGUCGGGCCUGCGCCGCCCCCUCCGCCCGCGGCUGCCUGGCCUCCCGCGCGGGCCACGACUGUCUUGCACUAGAGCCGCUCUAGUCUCUCAGGAAUUUGCUUGUUACUCUUACUGGUGUAAAUAAAGCUUCCUGGUUCAGUACCCAG